AUGGGGACACAUGGGGACAUGGGGACACUGGAGCAAGGAGACCUAGUGACACUGAGUGGGGGCUGGGGGCCGUCCUUGUCCCCCCUCGCGUGGGGCCCGUCUCAGAGCCGUCUGCUUCCUCUUUCCAGUUGGCGAUUCACGUUUUACCUUAUUGCUUUCAUUGCUGGCAUGGCUGUCAUCGUAGAUAAGCCCUGGUUCUACGACCUGCGCCAGGUGUGGGCGGGCUACCCCAUCCAGAGCAUGCUGCCCUCCCAGUACUGGUACUACAUCAUUGAACUCUCCUUCUACUGGUCCCUGCUCUUCAGCAUCGCCUCCGACGUCAAGCGCAAGGACUUCAAGGAGCAGAUCAUCCACCACGUGGCCACCAUCAUCCUCAUCAGCUUCUCCUGGUUCGCCAACUACAUCCGUGCGGGGACGCUCAUCAUGGCCCUGCACGACUCCGCCGACUACCUGCUGGAGUCCGCCAAGAUGUUCAACUACGCCGGCUGGAGGAACACCUGCAACAACAUCUUCAUCGUCUUCGCCGCCGUCUUCAUCGUCACCCGCCUGGUCAUCCUGCCCUUCUGGUGA